CAGCGAUAGGAGCUCUGCCGACAAACCGUACGGCAGACUUAGAUUAACACCUGAGAAUCUCUCGCGUAAGUUCGCACGUUGAAAUAAAGCAACUUCGAAAAUUGACCGCGUCGUGCUUAAGUUUGCCGUCCACGUGUUUGCAAAUUUCCAAUCGUCUUCAUUCAUUGUGAUCAGGAAUAGGUUAGACCGGGAGUGAUUAUGAGGAUGCAUCUCGUUGGGAUCUUGACUAUUCUGUUACUUGUCGGUACCGGAAUUUUAGGACACCCCCCACAAGAGAGAUUAAUGCCAGAUGGAGCACCGGUUCCCGAGGACACAGUCGUACACGAGGACUCCGUGGCGUCGGCGUCGGAGGUAGGCGAAGAGUACGACGACUCCGACAUGUAUAUGGAGCCGGAUGAAUCCGAGACGACCUCGCAACCGGAUCGCGCAGAGGAAAGCACGCAAAAGACUAAUCAACGCGAGACGUCAACCGAUACUACCGACAAGAGUAAUGAGAAAUCAACUGAAGCUGAAGCUGCGAAAGAGAAACCUGAAGCUUCUAAAGAUCAGCAGGCGAAGAACACGGAUCAUACCGCCGUCGCGCAGUUUACCGAUGCAGGAGGCAGAAGUUUGGCAACCGAAAGUCAGAAUUUCUUCCCGUCUUUCGCGGAACUCUUCAACCAUAGACUUUCGUUCGCGGAACAGCAGCAGCGAUAUCGUCCUAACAGAUUCCUCGGCUAUUUCCAACGCGAUCGCAAUUAUCAGACCGCCGCGACCAAGGAUCAACAUUCUAUACUGGGAUCGGGUAACUUCGGCGUGAUCCGUGGCGGUACUUAUUAUCCGGAGGACAAAGAAAACGACGAGUACGCGAUAGACGAGAGUCUCUACAAUCCGUACUAUCACGGUCGUGGCCGUGCACAAUAUUACAGAAACCCAAAACCACAACCGAUUCGUGGCGGUGACUUCUUUGCGAAUUUCCGCGAUUUCGCCGACAUUACGGCGCCGCCAAAGUCCAGUUUCUCACAUCUUUCCGUGGUAUAUGCCAACAAGAACGGCAGUUCCACUGGGCGUGUCACGGAACCCAGGAAUAUCAUCGAGACUCUGAGGAUGUUGGAAGAAGAGGAACAGUCUAACGCAGAGGAGGUGUCCACUACGGAAGUACCGAGGAAAAAGCAGAGUAAGGGCAAGUGGAAGCUGAUGAAGAUGAAACAGUACGAAGAGGACAAGGCCAGAAGAUCUCGUAUGUCCGUCGAGCCGCUGCUCGCUCUCAGCUGAGCGUAGAAGAAUGUCGCUAAAGUGUACGUUAACGUGGACGCAAACCUCGGGAUUUCUCCCAAACGCGAAAUUUGGCCUCGAGAUCAGAACCAAAGUCUGAAAAGCGUCGUUUUUCUAUUAUUGGAGGAGAAUGUACUGAAAACGUGCGACAGGAACAGAAAAGGUUCGCAUCUUCGUUCAUGUGCGAACGAUACUGUGCGCGCAUAUGAACUUUUCGAUUAAACCGAAAAGCUAUGGCAACUGGAGAAUCGAUAUUUCGAAAUUGACGCGCGACGUCGCGCGUCGCCGGUUAGACGGUAUACAAUUCCUACCAUUGGAAUUCCGACGACGCUCUGUAUCGAUACGGAGAUAAGCGAAAACAUUCAGUUCAUAGGUUUUUCAGCACCGAAAACUUCAAUAUCAUUUCCUGAGCGAUGCGAACAAUUGGAUUAAUUAAUAGAUUUUAAGGUAAUAGCAUUAAGGGUACAAGGCACUGCCGUUCCUGUUUUAUCAGCCAAUCGUCGUUAGAUUUAAAACGCAUGUGGCCUUAACGUUUAAAUUAUUCUCUAAGUUAGGUGGUAGCCGCACGUGUUUGAAAGAUCCUAAAUGUAAGAUUUUUCGAGUCUACAGUGCGUCGAUUAAGAAAUUCCAUGUGGUGCUAUAUAUGUUCCGCCGCGGUCGUACAAACACCUUCUGGAGAUACGUUCCCAUUUCGGCAAGGCGCUUGCAAAGCUAACUAGUAGCAACGAUUAUUCACGGAGACCUUUUACGUUGAUUGAAUUCACUUGCUCGUACGUGAACGUUACGCUCGAGUAAGCCACGAUUCCGGAAUCGGUAUAACUCUUACCAACGACACUUGUGUUCGGGCUAAAACCACGAGGCGCUCGUGCGCGCGGUCUCGUUAUCCUAUAAUUAUGCGAAACGCGUAAACACACAGGAUAUACUUCAGAAUAUGCAUGAGAUCUGUUUCUUCUUAUUGUUAGUAACAGUUUUUAAUUUGCAUUUGUUGGUCUUCUUUCUUUGAAACGUGCCGUAAUUUUAUUCCAGGUGUUAAAAGUGUAAAAAUGAAAAACAAGAGGAUGCAGAUCUACGAAAAUACAUGUAACGAAAUUAUUGACCGCGCCGAAUUGACUUGCGAAAAACUUCGGUAUUAUUAUAAAUAAAUUAUUUUUAUUUCACUCUUUUAUAUUUCAAUGUUUCAGCGGAAACAGAUUGCCAUCGCGUUUUUCCGUGAAAUAUUAAUUAGACACAUGUAACUUUGCGUGCAUCAGCAAAAUUAAUCUUAAUUGGUUAUACUUUAAGUACGUGAAGAUUCACACACACAUAUAUAUAUAUUCAGUAAAAUAAUAAAGACUGCCCAUUUUGUA